AUGAAUGAGUCGAUUGAUAGAAAAACUUUUCAUUGGACGAGUCAGCAUCGAACCUUCUCUUGGAGAAAAGGGAUGGUUAGAGCAUAUUCCCAAGAACACACUUACAAGCACCCAUGGGAACGAGUCACGGCAGCAUCAUGGCGCAAGUUUGCUGACCCUGAAAACAAACGCACUCUAUCGCACAUCCUUGAGGUUGACACUUUGAACCACAAGCUUGACCCUAGUUCCGGGAAGCUGUACACAACUCGAGCUAUCACUAUCCACGCUCCAGGACCAUGGUUUGUUCGCAAGAUCAUUGGUCAGGAUAUCUGCCACUGCGUUGAAUCAACUGUCGUCGAUGCACAAUCUCGGUCAAUGCAACUUGCAACCCGUAAUAUCAGUCUCCAGAAGUUCAUUGAAGUGGAAGAGAAGAUCAGAUAUGAACCCCAUCCUGCGAACCCAAUUGAUUGGACCAUUUGCAAGCAGGAAACGAGCAUACGGAUAAAGCCUUUGUCAACUCUUGCAUCAAUGGCAGAGAAGAUAGAGCAGAGAUGUGUGGACAGAUUCCAACAGAACAGUGCUAAGGGUAGAGAGGUUAUGGAGAGAAUCUGCAAAUAUCUUGAAGCCGAAUCCCGUGGAAUUUCUCUCAGAUCUUGA